AUGGCUCCGGAAAAUGGCUCGGCGCGCGGGAUAGUGUUGCCCCGCUCUCUGCUGGAUACUGACUUGUACAAGCUCACGAUGCAACAAGCCGUCAUGAAGCAUUAUCCUAACGUGCAAUGUUCUUACCGCUUCACGCACCGAGAUCGCGUGAAGGGAAGGCAUUUCACUCGCGCUGUCUUUGAUGCCUUUCAGGAGUCCGUGAACCACUUCGGCGAUCUGGCUUUGACACCCGAAGAGCGUACAUGGCUCGCAGCAACAUGCCCAUACUUCACACCAGACUACCUCGACUACCUCUCGACCUACCGCUUCAAGCCAGAGCAAGUAAAGCUCACAUUCGUACCGCUUACACCCACCGGCAAGGAAGGCGACAUCGAGAUGGAAGCCGUCGGACUUUGGUCUGAAGCGAUAUUUUGGGAGGUGCCACUCAUGGCUACAUUAUCGGAGAUAUACUUCAAGCUGGAGGAGACGGACUGGAACGAGGAUGGGCAAGAAGAACAGGCGGCUGAGAAGACGAAGAAGCUGUUGGACGCUGGCUGUCUGAUAAGCGAGUUCGGCACGCGCAGACGCCGGUCGUUCUAUAUUCAGGAUCUGGUUGUUCAGCAGAUGGCGCGGGUACAGGCUGAGAACACUGGCAAAGGGAAGUUCCUGGGGACGAGCAAUGUUUAUCUCGCCAUGAAGCAUUCUACGACGCCUGUGGGCACCAUUGCACACGAAUGGUUCAUGGGUGUUGCCGCGCUCACCGGCUACGACAACGUAAAUGGUCGAGCAAUGAACUUGUGGGAGCAAGUCUACGGCAAGUCUUUACUCAUCGCGCUCACGGACACUUUCUCGACCAAGGCGUUCUUCAAGGACUUCAUCCAGGAUCAGGAGCGCGCCAAACGCUGGACAGGCCUCCGUCAAGACUCCGGUGACCCGUUCGCCUUCGCGCCACUCGCCAAAGCGGCCUACGAUUCCCUCGGCAUCGACGUCCACGAAAAGUUGAUCAUAUACUCCGACUCGCUUACCGUGGACAAGGCGCUGAAGUUGAAGGAGCAAUGUAGCAGCAUCGGCUUCAUCGCAUCGUUCGGCAUUGGCACGCAUUUGACAAACGACUACGUUAAGGCGUCCGAUCCAACUGAGAAGAGCAAAGCAUUAAACAUGGUGAUCAAGCUUGCGUCUGUUAACGGCAAGCCUUGCGUGAAGAUCUCGGAUGACCUCUUGAAAAAUACCGGUGACAUGGAAACUGUCAAUAUGGUUAAGGACAUGCACGGUCUGCCCAAAGCAUAG